AUGGGCUUCGGAGAUUUACUCGCUGAUACUGGCAAGUCUGCCUUGAACAGCUGGCUCGAGACUCGCAGCUACAUCACUGGAUACUCUCCAUCUCAAGCCGACGUCGCAGUCUACAAGGCCGUUUCGUCCGCUCCAGAUGCCUCCAAAUACCCAUAUGCCGCUCGUUGGUACAACCACAUCACCAGCUACGAGGCCGAAUUCGGCUCCUUGACCGGUGACGAAAACACUCCUCUUGACACCUACGGCCCAGAGGGUGGUCCAGCUGCCACCGAGGUCGUUGCUGCCCCACCAGCUGCUGCUGAAGAAGAAGACGAUGAUGAUGUCGAUCUCUUCGGUUCUGAUGAUGAGGUUGAUGAGGAGGCUGAGAAGUUGAAGGCUCAGAGGUUGGAGGAGUACAACAAGAAGAAGGCCGGCAAGGUUAAGCCAGCUGCCAAGUCCAUCGUCACAUUGGAUGUCAAGCCAUGGGAUGACGAGACUGACAUGAAGGAACUCGAAGCCAAUGUCCGUUCCAUCGAAAAGGACGGUCUCGUCUGGGGUGCCUCCCAGCUCGUCGCCAUCGGCUUCGGCAUCAAGAAGCUACAGAUCAACUUGGUCGUCGAAGACGAGAAGGUCUCCCUCGACGAGCUCCAGCAACAGAUCGAGGAGUUCGAGGACUACGUCCAGAGUACCGACGUCCAGGCCAUGCAGAAGCUGUAA